AUGAAGGACAAGGGGCUGCUCUGGAGCGAGGGCGGGAAGGACGGCGUCGAUGCUCCUCAUACGUGGAAAGGCAUCUCGGCUCUCCAGCUCGUCUCUACCUCGCCUUACACCCCUCUUCGACACUUCAUCCUCGAACUCCUCCUCCUCAACCUCGAGCAACCGCAGUUCUCGUCUAUCCAGCCUGCGCUCAAGCACAGUUGCAGCUCAAUGGCGCUGUGGGCGAAGGAUGUUGCGCGAAGGGUCGUCGACAGUCGAGGUCAAAGCGCUGUCAAGGCUCAAGAACUGCUCGCGCUCACCGACGACGGCUCUGCGGCGUCCUGGAUCGACGCAAACCUCCCUCCCUGCCCGACGCCGGACGAGCAACUCACAGGCUUCAAAGCCCUCCCUCCUCCUCCUUCUCUUUCCGCCGUUCGCACGCCGAACGGUCUCACUCAGUCACUUGCAGACGAGGCUCGCACGCCAUCUCCGCCCAUCAAGCUCGACUUGCCCGUCGUGAAGGUCGUUCCUCCGACGCCUCAAGCAGCCAUUCGAGUCGCCAACAUUUCCGCCGGGGACGGCGCUCAGCCUCCUCCCGUUGACCACGGAGGCGAGACGGUACCCGCUCGGGCGUCAAGCGGCGCUUCGGAAGACUCGUUGCGUGUUGCGUCGCAGGUUGACCGCGCCAGCCCCGUCGAGGAGGGAGAGAUCCGAUUGACCUUCUCAAGCGAUUUCGAGGCAAAGCAGGCGGAGCUCGGCAGAGAACUGCAGCCUGCCGUCAGCGAAGUCCAGCUCGGCACCAGCCACAAAGCGUCGUUCCCUUCCUCCCAGCCCUCCCGCCCAGUCGAACGGUUCUCGCCACCUCCAGCUGCCACGUUCAUCGCAACGCCGGCUCCUCCCUCUCGCCCUCUCGCCGGUCCGGUCCGCCUCUACCUCACAGAAAUCCCGCACGAAGCGACAGGCUCGAAGCUGCGCAACUUCCUCUCAGCGAAACUCGGCGUCCAGCACCUUACACAGCCCAGAAUCUUAUCCGACGGAGCGACCGGCUUCAAGCAGGCCUGGGUCACGAUUGCCGAUCGCGACGUCGCCGUUCGAGCUGCUCAGCUCGCUAAGGACAAGGUCGUCGAGUGGAACGGAUUGCGAGUCGCAGCGCGAGUUGUUUCGACCAGUGAUGGGCCGCGGAAGAGCGUCAAGAGCUUCGGAUACGCGUCCAAGCGUGCUGAGUCCGAGCCAGCUGCCGUCGAGCCGAAGCUCAAUCAGAAGCAAGAAGAGGCCGACUUCGCGCGAAGCCACCCCGUCUGGCACAGCGCUUCCCCCGAACUCGAGCGCAAGCCCGGCUUGCCCGACCGCAAGAUCCUGCUCAACCCCGAAAGCGACGAGUUUCCGAAGGUCAAGAUCGAGGACGAAGACGUCAAGAUGGCCGACGACGAGGAGGAAGCGAAACCCUCGCCCCCGCAAGACCUGCCCUUCUCCCUUCCCUGCCUCGCUUCGACAUCUGCCGCCCCCGCCGUCAUCCACAGUCCCUCGUACGCCUCCCCGAGCCCUACUCCGCCUCCUUCGCACUUCGUCGCCGGCUCCAAGGCGUCCGAGAACCCGUACAGGUCUCGCUCGCCCGUUGACCGCUCGCGUCCGUAUCGUUUUUCGCCUCCGCCGCCGUACCGCCUCUCGCCCAUCCUCGGACCGUCGAAGCUCUCGCAGGAGUUUCGUAAGGAUGAAGCGGGAGUCGCUCCUCGCCCGACUCACUCGUCGCCCUAUCCUUCGCCCGAACUCUCGCCGCCUCCCGCCCUUCGUCCGCUCCCCGCGUCAACGACAUUGACGACCGUCCCCUGGGCGACCUCGCCCGCUGCGCCGGAACUCACCGCAGACGACGUCGAAGCCAACCCUUUCGCCGCACUCUUCGCCUCGUCCAUCUCGCCCGCCGCGCCGUCUGUCACGUCUUCUCCCGCCCCACCUGCGCCCAAGCCCGCUCUCCGCUCGUCGCUGAAGCGAUCCGCGAUGUCUGCGUUCAGCGUCGAGGGGACUCGCGAUACCAAGCGUCGCAGGACGGAGAAGAGCGUGCACUGGGCCAAGGAAGUUGCGGUCGUCGUCGGACACGGGGCAGGUCACGUCGCGGAUGUCGAAGAAGCAGGCGGAGAAGGAAUCAAGCAGCAGCCUGGCGGAUGGAGCGAGAAGCGAGUUGGCGCAGGAUUGAGGUGGUGA